AUGGAUAAAAAAUCGUCCGAAAACGAACCUAUAGACAAUGAUGAUCAACCAAAAUCUUUAAUAAAAAGAUUCUACCUGACACUUCGUUCAAAUUGGAUUCCAUUAUUAUUUGCAUUAAUAAUAACUAUAUUAACAAUAAUUGUUGUUCCUAUUAUUUAUUCUAUUCCGAAAAGUGUCCCUCAUUAUAAUGGUACUAAUUUAGCUUGGGAUAUAAACGGAGCAACAUAUGUUGACAAAAAUAGUCUUUUUAAUAAAAUAAAUCUAACAUUGGGAAAUAUAUCUGCAUUAGCAUUUGAUCAAGAAAAUAAUCUUCAUUUUGUUGAUCAAACAAAUAAUAGAAUACUAAAAAUAACAAAUGAUAAAAUCGAAAUAAUUGUUGGUCAUCAAAAUGGUACAAAUGGUUCUGAUCAAACUUCUUUAUAUUCUCCCAAUGAUAUUCAUAUUGAUAAAUCAAAUAAUAUUUAUAUUGCUGAUACAUUAAAUCAUAGAAUUCAAUUAUUUAGUAACACAGAUAAUAAAUAUAUUAGCACUGUUUUUGGAACUGGUCAACAAGGUUCGGGAAGUAAUCAAUUGAAUUGUCCAAUGGGAGUUACAAUCGAUGAUUAUUCAACUAUUUACAUAGCUGAUUAUGGAAACAAUCGUAUCAUAUCAUUUAAGAGAAAUAAUAAUGUAGCAGAAAUAUAUCUUAAAAAAAAUGAAAAUAAUCAAGAAAGAAAUGAAUAUGUUAUGAGUCCAAUAUCAAUUAAAUAUGAUUCUGUAUCAAAGACAAUUGUUAUUGCUCAAGAAACAGGUUUUAAUGUUAUUCGAUGGCAUAUUGAUUCAACAUAUUGGACAUUAAUUGCUGGAUCAGCUAGUUCUGACCUUAGUGGAAUAUCAAGAACAUUAUUUAAUAAAUUACGUCAUGUUUAUGUUGAUAGAUUUGGACAUCUAUAUGUUGCUGAUUGUUUUAAUCAACGUAUUCAAUAUUUUACAUAUUCUCUUGAUGAAUUAGUCAAAGGUAAAACAAUAGCUGGUGUUAUUUUAGCUUAUGGAAAUAAUUCUUAUAUAUUUAAUCAACCAACGGCUAUUGCUCUUGAUCAAGAUCAAAAUCUUUAUGUUGCAGAUUCAUUAAAUUAUCGUAUACAAUUAUUUAAACAAACUUCAUUUAUACCAACAAAUUAA